AUGCACUACGCAAACGGCGCGACUACUCGGUGUAAAAAUGUUCUUCCUAGCCAGUUGGCAGACUGCUCCGACCUCAACACCACCGCCUUCAUGUGGCGAGUCAUCACCGCCGAGAAACCUGACCUCAUCGUCUUCACCGGUGAUAAUAUAUUUGGGUCUGAUGUUAAAGACGCUGUGAAGUCCAUGAACGCUGCGUUUGCUCCAGCGAUUGCUUCUAAGAUCCCUUGGGUUGCUGUUUUGGGAAACCAUGAUCAAGAAUCUACGUUGACCAGACAAGAACUCAUGAAUUAUAUCGUGAAGCUUCCCAACACUUUGUCUCAAGUGAAUCCUCCUGAGGCUGCUCAUUACAUGGAUGGGUUUGGUAAUUGCAAUCUCAAAAUCCAUGGAGUUCCUAAGUCGAGUUUACAGGACAAAUCUCUUCUCAAUCUCUAUUUUCUAGAUAGUGGAGAUUACUCUAGUGUUCAGUCCUUAAAAGGUUAUGAUUGGAUCAAAACUUCUCAGCAGUUCUGGUAUGACCAGACUUCGAAACGUCUCCAGAGGGAAUACAGUGAAGAGCCUAAUCCUCAACAAGGUACAGCUCCAGGACUAGCUUACUUCCACAUUCCAUUUCCGGAGUUUGAUAACUUCGACACAAAGAGCGCCACAACAGGAGUGAGACAAGAAGAUACAGGCUCGGCAACCACAAACUCAGGGUUCUUCACGACACUGGUAGCUAGAGGAGAUGUGAAGUCUGUGUUUGUCGGUCAUGACCAUGUCAAUGACUUUUGCGGUGAACUCAAAGGUUUGAAUCUAUGCUAUGGUGGUGGGUUUGGAUAUCAUGCGUAUGGUAAAGCUGGGUGGCAGAGGAGGGCGAGAGUUGUGGUUGCUGAUUUGAACAAGAAGGGUACAGGAAGCUGGGGAGAUGUGAAAUCGAUUAGAACCUGGAAGAGGCUUGAUGAUGAGCAUCUCUCUGUUAUUGAUGAUCAGGUUCUUUGGAACAGUUCUCCAAGCGGAUCGGGUGUUUGUCGUUUAUGA